AUGUCUAGAUUCGAUCCCAACUUCACCAAACAUUGCAUUGACACCAUCGGUCCCAAGACCGACCCAAGAAGCCGUGAAGUCCUUAGCUCUCUCAUUAAGCACAUCCAUGACUUCGCGCGCGAAGUUGAGCUCACUCCAGAUGAGUGGAUGAUGGGAGUCAAGUUCGUCAACUCGAUCGGACAAGCCAGCACUCCAGUCAGAAAUGAAGGACAUCGAAUUUCGGACGUUAUUGGACUCGAAUCCCUUGUCGAUGAAAUUGCACACGCAAUGUUCACCGAUGGAGCUAGUCCCACAUCAUCCUCCAUUCUCGGCCCUUUCUGGUCACCAAACGCACCAUUCCGCGAGCUCGGCGGAAGCAUUAUCCAAGACCCCGCCCCAGGCGGACACCCUGCUCUCAUGCACGGCAAGGUCACCGAUCUCUUGACCGGAAAAGGCAUCCCAAACGCAGUCUUUGACAUCUGGCAAGCAUCGUCAAACGGCAAAUACGAUUUCCAAGACCCAGACAACCAAACAGACAACAACCUGCGAGGAAAGUUCAGGACAGAUGCAAAUGGCGAAUACCACUUUUACUGCCUCAAGCCUACUGCCUAUUCGCUGCCAACUGAUGGGCCAGCUGGUGUGCUACUGAAGCUGUUGGAUCGCCAUCCUAUGCGCCCUGCCCAUAUUCAUCUCAUGAUCUCCCACGAUGAUUUCAAACCCGUAACCACACAAAUCUUCCCCAAAGACGACCCAUACCUCACGACCGAUACCGUUUUCGCUGUGAAGGAUGAUUUGGUUGUGGACUUCCUCCCAAGAAAAGACGAUCCUAAAGCAGAAUUGGAUUUGGAAUACAAUGUGAAGCUUGCCCCGAAAUCAUAUUCUGGUGUUUCGCCUGUAUCUCAGACUACGAUCGGAUUGGAGCCAAGACUAUAG